AUGACUAAUCAUCGGCUGACCUCGGCGUCUCAAGCAGGGAUGCACCUGGCUUGGCACCCUUGGCCCAACCUUGGCAACUUCGCUUGUGUAUUCUUGGCAAAGAAGAGACGAGACGAAGGAGAAAGACAGGAAGAAGCAAAGAAAAAGGCGAAGAGAGGAAAAAGCAAAGAAAGGCCAGCGAGACAGAAGAGAGAGAGAGAGAGAGAGACCACUGGCAGCACCAGCAGCAGCAAGAAAGCAAGCAGGCAGGCAGGAAAGCAAGCAAGCAAGCAAGCGGCAGAAGAAAAGAAGGAAAGCUGCCUUGCCUCGCCUUACUUAUUUAAAUGUCUUGGCCGUCCUCCGUCUCUCCCACCGUCUCGUCGUUCUUGUCGCUGUCUUGUCCUGCCUUUCCUGCCCAACCGCCGACCUCAGCGACUGCUCUAG